AAACAACAGCUUCAGAGCUCCGUCGCUCUCGUCUCCAUCUCCGGCAGUGACUACAUGACUGGUGCCAACGUCGACAAUGCCUUCUUGAGUAGCUUCGAUGAUAUUGAUAGUUAUAUUGGGAACGUGACGACUGAGAUUGCGAAGAACGUGGGGAAGCUACAGAGGCUAGGUGUGAGAAAGGUACUAGUGAACAACAUGCAUCCCAUUGGCUGCACGCCUUUGCGGACUAGUGCGAACAACUACACGACAUGCGACCUUCUGGCAAACUAUGCCGCAACUGUGCACAACAACAAUAUAGAACACCUGAUGGGGAACAAGAAUAAUGCCCACAUACUGGACCUCUACACUGCCUUCACUGACAUCGUUAAUCACGCCCCGGGUGAAGGGUCGGAGCAGUCAAACAAUUUCAAGCGCAAGCUGACACCUUGCUGUGAGGCUUCCACCGAGCUGGGGUACUGUGGACAGGUUAGCCCUUCAGGGAAGCGCCUCUACGACCUAUGCAAGAAUCCUGAAAAGAAUUUCUACUGGGAUGAGACUUACCCGACGACCGCUGGGUGGGAAGCUGUUACAGAGGCACUAGAAGAACCUUUGAGGGAGUUCCUAGAUCGGGACUAUGUUCCAUGAUUUCUUUGUAAUUUAGGUUUGGAUCGAUCCGUUGCUUGUUGGUGCAAUAUCUUUUUGUUAGGUUAGCAUAGAUAGUAUUCAUAUUUAGGAAGAAACUUGUGAGUUUUUAUUGCCUUGUAUUCCAUGAAAUUUUGUCUAGUGACCUUAAUGUUUUAAUAAAGUUCGUCAUACUAUA